AGGUGUUUGAGCUGUUACCUUAACCAUGUGUUCAAUUCCUGGACGUCCAUCUCCAGGAUUAGAGGCGUCUGUGCUCAUCACUGGUGUGAACCUAAAGUCCAGCCAUGGCCUACUGGAAUUCUGGGUUAACACUGAAGAUGGAAGAAAACACAUUUAUGAGCAAAUGAGGGAGGAAAUUCAAACUCCCCAGAGUAAGUUUAAUGGAUCAGAAGGAAAACCAGGCGACCUCUGCAUAGUUUGCAUUAAUGACACGUGGAACAGAGCAAGAAUUGUUUCAAUCCAAGGUGAAACCUACAAUGUUUUUCUAAUUGAUCAAGGACAGGCCCAUUCCACUACAAGUGAAGCUUUAGCUUGGAGCAAGAGUGACAGUUUUCUUCUUCCUCCUGAAGUAGAGUCUUGUAUACUUGCAAAUGUCAUCUUCCUUCAGAAGGAGUGGCCUGAAACCAUCGCAAAGUUUUUGAUGUGUUUGCCAGGGAAGAAGUUUAAAGGAUUGGUUCAGGAUGUACUUAUGCCAGACAGAAUCAUUCUCCUUGAGAUUCCAGUUCUUGCCAACUAUAUGUGUAAGCUCAAAGCUGCAAAGAAGAUUGAAGUUGAUCAGUUUCACAAAUUGGUGAAGAAAUGUCUUAAAGCAGUCAAAGAAGAGUUAUCCGAGUCCUUCUGUUUGACAAUGGAACCAGAGCUUGAAGUUAGUUGCAAUAUUGCCCAAUGUGACCGUUACUUUUUUCCUGAACUAACAAUGAACACUUAUGAAAUGGUUAGAGUGACUGAAGUAAUUGAUCCACUCAAAAUCUUUUGCAUGCUCCUCAUAUUUUCCAACUCAGUAAAUCUGUUGUCUGAACAGAUCCAGCAGCACUAUGAAGAGGGCUCAGACUUUGGCCAAACACGACCACAGAGUUGCGGGGAUCCAUGUGCAGCCAAAGGGACAGAUGGCAAAUGGCACCGCUCUUUGCUAAAGCAAGACAUUUUGACUGGUCAGGUUGCUAUUGAGGAUGAUGUAGAAGUCUUUCAUGUGGAUGAAGGAAAAACAGAAAUGGUGAAAGCAGAAAACAUCAGACCGCUUCAUGGAAAGUUCCUGAAAAUGCCAGUCGUUACAUAUCUCUGUUCUCUGAACAAAAGAACACACACCAACAGAGAGGAGGCUGCAGACGAGACUGCUGAUGUAAAAUCAAAGCUCCUUAACCAAACAGUGGUGGUGAGGUUUGACCACUACAAUGAACUUCAAGAUAUUUAUUAUAUCACACUUCAUGCAGGUAAUGCUGCAUGUGUGAAGGAUAUUUUACUUGGAAAAACUGUCCCCAUUUUAUUCUCAGAGUCAGAACAAAAUGUAAAUGUCCAAAAUGAUGCUUCAUUGGUUCCUGUUUUGUUUGAGGGGAAAGAAGUCAUGGACUUAUGUUCUGAAACCAAUGAAACUGAUGGUUUACAUGAAACUUGGCCAAGCACAAAACUACAAGUGGACAACAGUUGUGAAGACGACUCGUCUACUUCUGGCAUUUGCAAUAACUAUGUCAAAGGAAACUCUCUUUCUGUUUCUCUACUACACAGUAAUGGGGAUCUUUCCUCAAGUCUACCCUCUGAAGUGCAGAAUGCUUGUGAUGAUGGUGUGUUUGCUGUAGGAAAAACUGUUAACGUAAAAGUAUCUUGCAUUGAAAGUCCACAGAAGUUCUGGUGUCAAGCAACAGAAAGUGCUAAUUCUUUAAGACAACUAAUGGAAGACCUUCAAGCCCACUAUGCGUCCGCUCACCCUCAGCCACUUGUGGAUACUAUCUGUGUUGCUCGUAACCCAGACAAUAAAAUGUGGUACAGAGCAAGGAUUGUUGCAGGUCAUGACAUCCCUACUGUUGCUGUGAGAUUUAUAGAUUAUGGUCAAACUCAGAACAUUCCUUUGCGAGAUGUGCUCCCCAUUGAUCCAGUUUUCUUACAUCUCGAAGCACAGGCUUUUCAGUGCUGCUUGUUCAGUCUGGAAAAUUCCAUUGAGUCCACUCCCAGUAGUUGGCCUGAUGCUCAGCUGACUGAAUUUCUGAAGUUUGUGAACCUGGGUACGUCAUCAGAUGCCGAGUUAAAAUGUGUUGUGAAAGCUGUAACUUCUGAUGAAGAUGGUCUUCUGCUUAACUUGGUAGAUAUUCAAAGAGAAUCAGAGAGUGUGUGCAAGCUCCUGGCUCAGAAAUGUGCUCUAUUUAAGGCCCAGGAGCAAGUAUCUUCAGCAGUCUCUUUGGAUGGAUGCUGUUAUUCCACUCACAGUACUGAGAUAAGUGAGGAAGAGAAAGUACUGAUAACCUCUUCAGAGACCGUGAAUCAUUUCUACUGCCAACUGCACAGGAAUUCACAUAUUCUGGACAGACUGAUGAAAAAUAUUGAAAAACUCCUCGACAAACCACAGGGCUCAGAUCAUCACACUCUUGAACUCAACAGCCUUUGCUUUGCAAGGCACACUAAUAAUCAGUGGUACAGAGGUCAGAUUGUAGAAAUGUCUCCAAAACUUAAAGUGCACUUUAUUGAUUAUGGAGACACUCAUCCUGUUCUUAAAUCAGAUAUUUGCCCCUUUCCUUUAGAAUCCAAUGCUGUAAGGUGUGUUCCUGUGCAGGUAAUUCCAAUGGCAUUAUUUGAUAUGCCUGCAGACUUGCCACAAGACGUCAACCAGUGGUUUGCAGAUUUUGCUGUUGGUCGUAGUUUUAUGAUUUCGGUUGUAGCACAGAGUGAAGAAGGAAAGUUAAUUAUUGAACUGUUUGAUGGCCCCCUUAAUGUAAACAUGAUGGUCAGAGAGAAAGUGGAAAAAAUGAAGCUGGACAAGAUGAUAUCCGUGAAUCAAACCACUGACCAGCACCUUUCAAACAGCGCAAAAGCUGCUCUACCUAAUGGGGGCUGCUCAACACAAGAUCUCAAUAGUGAAUCAACACUGAACACAACUGAACAGAAAAAAGACACCAAUAAAGACACUCCACCACAGAUGGAACAAGAAGAGGAUUUAGGAACAGUGGCAGAAACUUUCAGUCUGAGUUCUCACAGCAACUUAAAAAUGGCUCCACAAUCCAGUCAUGCUUGUCCAGAAGUAAAGGGCAAGAUCUACAGGUACAAGUGGCCCAGUGUUUCUCAAAACUUGACUGUUGAUGCUUACGCUUCAUGCAUUGUGGGGCCAAAUCAUUUCUGGUGUCAGUACACCAGCACAGAUGAGCUAAAAAUUAUAUCAAAGUUUGCUGAAGGGUUUGGGCAAGAUGUGGUUUCUCCUGAGGAGCUGGAACCUGGCAGUCCAUGUCUGGCUUUAUAUUCCAGUAACAAUUUGUGGUAUAGAGCAGAGGUAAUUAAGAAAACAGACGAAACAGUCAAGGUCCUGUUUGUUGAUUAUGGAAAUGAGACAGAGAUCAGUAUAAGUAAUGUAAAAUCUCUGCCCUACAGCCUCCUUGAGAUUCCUCCUCAGGCAUUUCGAUGCUGUUUAAAUGGUUUUAAUAUGUCAAGUGGUUCCUGGGAUGACAGAGUUCAUGAUGAAUUCUCCAAUCUUUUAGUCAACAAACAACUCAAAGUGACAAUUGUUGAUCUGGAAAAUGAUUCAGAGAUUGCAAUUCCUCAAUAUAUAGUAAACAUGGAGUGUGAUAAACAAGUCAUAAACAAAAUAAUGCAAAAAUACUGGAAAUCCUUUCCUGUGGAACUAUUGGUGAACAAUGUUUCCCAAACAAACAUUUCACCCCCAAGUAUUCAAACUGAAAGCAACAUAAACUAUGCUACUAGGGAAAAUACAAUUACUUCCAUCUACCAUGUACCAGAAAUGUUUGAAAGUAAAACAAAAAUGGUAUAUGCAUCCUGUAUUUCAGAACCAAAUUUCUUCUGGUGUCAGUUUGCCAACACAGAGGAUCUAAAUAACGUGUCACAGCUUGCUCAGGAGGCUGGACAGACAGAAGAAGACUUGGUAUUUUCCAGGAGACUUGGUCCUGGCAUUCCAUGUCUUGCUCUGUUUCCCAGUGAUAACCAAUGGUACAGAGCUCAGGUACGUCGUACAGAUGAGGAAAAACUCCAUGUCCUGUUUGUUGACUAUGGAAAUGAGUCUGAAGUGGACUUCAAGAAUGUGAGACCUUUGACCCAGAGUCUCCUGGAGAUGGCUCCUCAAGCCUUCCUGUGUUGUCUGAGUGGGUUUGAGUCCAAAGGAUCCUGGGAUGAUAACGCUUGUGAUGUCUUCUACAAUUAUCUGGUUGAUAAACCCCUCAAACUGACCGUUUGUAACAUGAGGGACCAUUCAGAGACUGCAAUUCCACAAUAUUCAGUGAAAAUCAAACAUGAAGGAAUAAAUAUAAAUGCAGCUAUGCAGAAAUACUGGAAACCAGUUACAGAAGAGACAUCUAAAACAAAAAAUCAAACAAUCACUUCCCUCCAUGUUGGUCCUGAUCAAGCUGACCCACUAUAUCUUUGUGUGUCUAGCAAGACUUUACAGAAAACCGGCAAAUUCAAAGAACUAGUGCUGUCCAAGGAUCAGACAGAGAUGGUAUAUGCAUCCUGUAUUUCAGAACCAAAUUACUUCUGGUGUCAGUUUGCCAACACAGAGGAUGUAAAUAACGUGUCACAGCUUGCUCAGGAGGCUGGACAGACAGAACAGGACUUGGUAUUUUCAAGAAGCCUUGGUCCUGGCAGUCSUUGUCUUGCUCUGUUUCCCAGUGACAACCAGUGGUACAGAGCUCAGGUACUUCGUACAGAUGAAGAAAAACUCCAUGUCCUCUUUGUUGACUAUGGAAAUGAGUCUGAAGCUGACUUCAAGAAUGUGAGACCUUUGACACAGAUUCUCCUGGAGAUGACUCCUCAAGCCUUCCUAUGUUGUCUGAGUGGAUUUGAUGAGUCCAAAGGAUCCUGGGAGGAUGAAGCUUAUGAUGUCUUCUACAAUUUUCUYGUUGAUYAACCCCUCAYACUYACCYUUMGWAYCAUGYGGGACCAUUCAGAGACUGCAAUUCCUCAGUAUUCUGUGGAAAUCAAACYUGAAGGAAUAAAUAUWAAUGCAGCUAUGCAGAAAUACUGGAAACCAGUUACAGAGGAAUCSMCUACAACYCAAAAUKAAAAAUCCACUUCCCUCKAUGUUGGUCCUGARRACAAUGACCCACAAAAUCCUUGUGUGUCUAAAAAGACUUUACAAAAAAGUGUCCUAUUCAAAGAACUAGUGCUGUCCAAGGAUCAAACAGAGAUGGUGUUUGCAUCCUGCAUAUCUGAACCAUGUUUUUUCUGGUGUCAGUUUGCCAACACAGAGGAUCUAAAUAACGUGUCACAGCUUGCUCAGGAGGCUGGACAGACAGAAGAAGACUUGGUAUUUUCUAGGAGCCUUGGUCCUGGCAGUCCAUGUCUUGCUCUGUUUCCAAGUGACAACCAGUGGUACAGAGCUCAGGUACUUCAUACAGAUGAGGAAAAACUCCAUGUCCUGUUUGUUGACUAUGGAAAUGAGUCUGAAGUAGACUUCAAGAAUGUGAGACCUUUGACCCAGAGUCUCCUGGAGAUAACUCCUCAAGCCUUCCUGUGUUGUCUGAGUGGAUUUGAUGAGUUCAAAGGAUCCUGGGAGGAUGAAGCUUAUGAUGUCUUCUACAAUUGUCUGGUUGAUAAACCCCUCAAACUGACCAUUGGAAACACGAGGGACCAUUUACAGACUGCAGUUCCUCAGUAUUCUGUUAAAAUAGAACAAGAAGGCAUUGUUGUCAAUAUGUUGAUGGAGAAAUACUGGAUAACAAGAACUUCGGAAACAGUGGACCAAGAAGAAAGCCUCACCAUUGACAAGACACCUGGUAUUUAAAAUUACCAUCUGUUUAAAGACAGAUCCAUGCCUCUGGAGAAGCAACGCUGGGAUUGACCCACCUUCGUUUUAUUAUCCAUAGAUUUAUUUUUCUAUGUCUAGAUGAAAGUUUUUCAUGAAAUGAAUGUGCAUCAAUAAAGAUUUUGUGAAUAA